CGAGGAGGGACCGUCAUGUCGGGCAGCAAAAAACUGCGCAAGGUAAAGAGGCGAGAGGACGACUCUCGCGGUGUGGCGAUGAGGCUCAGCGCUCACGCGCGCCACGAGUGCGGGGGUGGGACCGUGUCGCACAAAGUGAUCGAGAAGCGACGUCGGGACCGGAUCAACCACUGCCUCAACGAGUUGGGGAACACCGUCCCCAUGGCUCUCGCCAAGCAGAGCAGCGGGAAGCUGGAGAAGGCGGAGAUCUUGGAGAUGACCGUCCAGUACCUGCGGGCUCUGCACUCGUCCGAUCUCCUGCGCGGCAAAGAGAAGACUGCCGAUCUCCUGCGCGAAUUCUCCAACUACUACCAGGCCGGCUACCAGGAGUGCCUCAAGAACCUGGUGCACUACCUCACGGCGAUCGAGCGCCUCGAGAUGAAGGACUCGCGCUACCUCCGCGUCCUCGCCUUCCUCCAGGCCAAGGCUCGCCGCUCCUGCCCCGCGGGCCACCCGCUGGCGCCAGGGCAACCUUCGGCCCGCUGCCCCGAGCUGCCCGCCUUCGCCGGUCCGGGGACGUGCGGGGGCGCGGGAUCCGGCAUGGGCGGCGGAGGAGGAGUGCCCGAGUCGGCGGGCAGACCGUCGCCCCUGCACGGAGCUCGGAGGGCAGAGCCGUACCCCUGGCAGGCGGCCGCACCGCUGCCCUUCCUCCAGGCCGGCCAACAGCCUUAUCUCAACUCGCCCGGGCAGCAGGGCUUCCUGUCGCCUGGGCAGCAGGGCUUCCUCAGCUCGGGGCAGCACUUUGACUGCGCCUACAUGGGAUACCUGAGUCCCCAUCACGUGUCCUCGGCCGCCCGGGGCAUUCCAAGCGGGCAGCACGUGUCGUUGUGAUGCGCGUGUCAACUUCUGGGCCACCGCGAACAUUUGCUCGUUUACAGGACUCGGCGACACCGAUAACUCAAGUCUCAUUUUGUCGAGAGGAGCCUGCUGUGGGAGACUUGUUAGUUUUCCGUUAUUUGCCGAUUGUUUGUGUCCUUUGGUAUCGGACGCGAGACCAGAUUAGUACUGUAGCAUGACAAAGAACGGUGUUGCAAACAUCACCCAACAGAUAAGCCAGCGGCGACCUACUUACCACACUGCCCACCAUAUGGGUGCCUCGCUGUCCUCCAAGUGGACGUCUCCAUCUUUUCGUGAUCCUCCAACCAUAUCUUCAUAUUGCUGGAUUAUAGGCGUGCAUAGCUACCACCUUCAAUGGCAUUAUCUAUAUGUAUAUAUAUGUGUAUAUAUCAAGAUGGACUACUUGGCUGAUGCUGAUGAUAAAUACGGAGACACUUGAUUUUCAAAGGGCCCAGUAUGUGUGUGUAUACGUCUCACUGCUGAAAGCUACU